AUGUCCGCCCACCCCCCAACACCAGCCUACUACCCCACCUCCCCCCCCCCCCCCCCCCCCCCCCCACCAGCCCCCCCCCCCCGCCUGCGCACCCCCCCCCCCCCCCCCCUCCGCAAAACCGCCGACUUCCUCAUCCCCCCCCGCAGCGGCCGUGCCUGGCGCGUCCCAGCAACCUGUCUCUUCCGGCUCAGCACGCCCAAAGGCCCACAAGUCGGCGACCUAAAUCUCUGGAACGCAGACGAUCCGCGCGAGCGCUUCUGGGCUGCGCGCACGCGGCAGCUACAAGGCAGCCAUGUUAUCGAGGGGGAUAGACUGUGGAGUGUGUUGCCGUUUAUGCGGCCGUUGGCGGGGGUGGUGGAGGAUGGGUGUAAGCUUGGGGAUGUGGGGAGGGAGGCGGGGCGGGAUGCGAGGGGUGGGGUGACGCGGUGGGGGGGACGGUGUCAUGAUUUGCUGGGGACGCGGUGUGAUCCUUAUGUGAACAACCUUCUCACCUCCUCAACGUACGAUUUCCACUGUCAUUCUAACCUCGUGCGCGCUGUGCUGCCGUAUGGAUUGACGGAGUUUGACGUGCAUGAUGUGCUUAAUGUGUUUCAAGUCACUGGCUUGACUCCGGAUCCUCAACUCUCCCAAACACCCUCCCCCUCCCCCCCUCAGGAACCCUCUUCCGACCCCCCACCCCCAGGCAGCCAAUACUUCAUGGAAUCCUCCCCCGCAACACCCUCCAGUUUCCUCACCUUCUUCGCCGAGCAAGACCUACUCUGCGCACUGAGCACGUGUCCCGGCGGCGAUCUGAGCGUGUGGGCGUGGACGCCCGAGGACGAGGCGAUGAAGAAGACGUGUCGGCCGAUUCGCGUGGAGGUAUUUGAGAUAGCCGAGGAAGUGAGGGCGGAGGUGCUUCAGGGGUGGAAAGCGCCCGAGAAGAACGGGUACAGGGGGGGUCAUGGUGUGGGUAUUCCCAUCGGCGAGGGCGUAGAUACAUAAAGGAAAAUGGUGCAAGGGAGGAAAAUACUACUUAUCCAUAUGCUUAUGCUUAUACCGUCUCGACAUCAAUAUCAAUAUACAGCCUAAACUCCUUCUCCUG